AUGGAGGCUUUGAAAUCACAAGAUCUGACCAAAGUGCGUCCCGAGUCAUUGCGAGCCGUGCUGGGACCUUUUAAACCCGCGGCUGAAUCCCUCCCGCCGUACUCGUCCGCCCUGGAGGCGGAUACCGUGUUCCAGAUCGUGGAGGUGAGGGACACGACCAAAUCCAAUAUCGCUUACAUUGAACGCCUGGUGGAGCUUAUCGACGCGAACGAGGGAUUUUAUGACCGCCAAAACAGAUCCAAGCCCACCAGACAGAAAGUUAUUCGCUCGGCAGACGUCAACGGCGACGCGCAUGAACAUCUCCCCCCGCCGGUGUAUUCUAGCAUGUACCGUUUGACGCUGCAGGACGCGCACGGGAACUUGUGCUACGCGUAUGAAAUUGAGCCGUUGCCGUUCCUGAGAGCCACCGCCGAUCUCUACCCCAUAAAAUUAGGUUCCAAGUUGCUGGUUUACAAAGGCACAACCGUCAUGCUGAAUGCAACUUUGCACCUUGGCGCCAACACCUGCAGGUUCUUGGGAGGAGAAUUACCCCACAUGAACUACAAAUUAUACCAACGCGAGCUGGAAAAAUUCAAACAUCAAAUAGACUACAUCGCAUAA